AUGUGGUCUGCAAUGCAAAUAGCCAUAAUGACAUUGGACUGCAUCGCCUUGAUGGUCGGAGGUCUGGGGGACAUGGCAGUUUUAGGUCUCUGCGUGUUAGAGUGGUCAAGAAAAGUUGUCUUCUGCCCAUACAGAGUCAUCUCAUUCAGUGUGAGCAUCAGCAACCUCAUAGCAAUAUGUCUCCAGCUGGCUUCAGAUGAUAAUAUGUUUGAUGAUUCAGUGCUCUUGGAAUAUGUUGAUCUCUUAUCGGUAACGCUUCUAUGCUCCAACCUGUGGUUUUCAACCUUACUGUACGUUUACUACAGCAUCAAGAUUGGGGUCAGACGGUCAACCUUUUACACAUGGCUAAAUGUGAAAUUUCCUACAAUCCUUCCAUAUCUGCUGUUUUCCUUCCUAACAAUAUCUUUUGUGACCGCUUUUAUAUUUCUUAUUGAACCUCUUGACAAUCUCCCAGACAACUCUUCAUCAGCUUUGCUUACCAGCAUAUUUGAAGAACAUGAAGAAGCAUAUUUAAAAAAACUAUUUAUGAAGUCAGCAUUAACUCAGUCCCUAAUGGCUUUAACAUCUUUCCUGAUAUCGUUCAUCCUGGUGACUCAGAUCCUCCUCUCCUUGUAUCGACAUGUUCAGCUUGUACAAAGCAAUAAUGAAGGUGUUGGGAACUUCAGCCUUGAAGCUCAUUUUAAAGCAGCCAAGACACUUACCGUUCUCCUGAUGUUUAAUGUUACCUUUUUUGUGUCUAUGAUAAUCUCUUUUGUCAGUUCAAAAGAAACCCUGUCGUUUGCUUUAAGUUGCAUCUUUAUUUCCAUCUCACUGUCAAUCCAGCCAUAUAUCUUAAUCCUGGGAAAUACAAAUAUGAAGAAGCAAGCAAAAGAAAUGUUUCAUUGUGUUGUUAUGGACGUUGCCAACUAACAUUAAACCUUGGUUUUUCCCGUGAUAGUUUGUCAGAACUCUUACGUCCCCUAUUUAAAAGAAUCGUUGCAUAUGAAGAUAUAUUCUCUGGCAAUCCUGGUAUUAGAUGAAUUAAUAUCAAGGACUCAGCUUGUAUGUUGUAGAAAGCUUGUGUAACUUAAAACUGUGUACUUGAACCAUUCAUUAUCUGAGAUAACAACAGUCUUGCCAGGGAUGAUGUUGGCUGUAGCUGAAAGUAUUACUGGGGUUCUAAAGUUGAUACAUCCCAACUGUCAGAUAUUUUAUUUAAAAUGGUCACCGUCAUGCUAUUAAAAUGUACCUAAAUUAGUAGAAAUGCACAAAGUGAGGUCUGUAUAGAAUUGUUUUGCUGAGAUGGAGUUAUGGAACUUGACUGGCUGAAGAACUGCAUCAGCUAGCUUGUAUCAUGAAAUGCUGGGGUCAACGUGUCAUUAAAAAUGCUGGGGUCAGCAUGUUAUUAAAAAUGCUGGGGUCAACGUGUCAUUAACAAUGCUGUGGUCAAUGUGUCAUUAAAAAUGCUGGAUUCAACGUGUCAUUAAAAAUGCUGGGGUCAUGUGUCAUUAAAAAUGCUGGGGUCAACAUGUCAUUAAAAAUGCUGUGGUCAACGUGUCAUUAAAAAUGCUGUGGUCAACGUGUCAUUAAAAAUGCUGUGGUCAACGUGUCAUUAAAAAUGCGGUGGUCAACGUGUCAUUAAAAAUGCUGGGUUCAACGUGUCAUUAAAAAUGCUGGGGUUUUCUUUUUCUUUUAAUGCGGCUACCCAGUCAAUUCUAGACAACCUAUGGAGACGACUUUCAUAUUGAGGAGACACAGUUAUGAGAGAUUUACUGUUUUCUGUUUAUUGUUCACAAUGCGUAGCAAUAUUUCAGUGCAGGUCAUUGUAUGUGCCAUUCCACAGUUAUUUUGCAUAUGCUGUAUGUGAUGCUUCUGUGGAUGUGACAAUAAAGCAUUUGUGUUAAAAA